GGACCGGUUCGCACCGCUAAAGGCGUGACAACCCCAAAAAAUCUCAAUCGACAACUUGGAUAACGGUCUACGUGGUCUCGCGCCUUUUGCACCACUUUCCUGUCCCCUCGCGGCAGACCAUCGAUACCUGUCCGCGAUGGCGUCUGAAGAGGUCUCUGGCCACAUUGAAGCAGAAUUAACCAGCGACGGUGACUCGACACUGGGAGACGAUCUAUCCGAAUCAGACACCCAAAGCAUCAGGUCGAGCUUAUUCCAGAGCGUCUCCGAGAAUGGACGCGGCUACCACAAAUACAAGGAUGGCUUGUAUUUCAUGCCCGAAGAUGAGCGGGAGCAGGAACGGCUCGACAUGCAGCAUGAAAUCUUCCUCCAGACCAUGAACCGAAAGCUCGUUGCAUUCCCCAUGAAGCAGACGGCCUUGAACGUCCUCGACAUCGGCACCGGCACUGGCAUCUGGGCCAUUGACUUCGCCGACGAGUUCCCCGAGUCCACCGUGCUCGGUACCGAUCUGAGCCCCAUCCAGCCGACUUACCUUCCCCCAAACUGUAAAUUCGAAGUCGACGACUUUGAUCAGCCGUGGUCCUUUAGCCAGAAAUUCGACCUGGUACACGGAAGGAUGCUCGCGGGGUCGUUGGCCGACCCCGUUCAGCUCUUGAAGCAGGCUUACGAUGCCCUCAAACCGGGAGGUUGGGUCGAGCUGCAGGACUUUGCUUUUCCCGUCACGUCAGAUGACGGUACCAUGGCUGGCACUGCCUACGAACAAUUGAACGACAAUCUCGUCAAGGCCCUCCAAAUGCUCGGUCGAGAUGGGGCCUGGGCCUCCCAUUACAGAGACUUCAUCGAAAAACAAGGCUUUGUCAACGUUCGGGAGAUCAAGUACAAGUGGCCCCAAAAUAAAUGGCCCAAGGACAAGGCCCUCAAAAGGCUUGGUCAGUGGAACAUGUUCAACACCCUCGACGGUCUCCAUGGUUUCUCUGCUCGGCUCUGUACCCGCGUCUUGGGCAUGAGUACCGAGGAAUUUGAGCUUCUCCUGGCUGGUGCCCGCGCUGACAUUCAGAAUCCCAAAAUUCAUGCCUACUGGCCUAUUUUCGUUGUAUAUGGCCAAAAGCCUGAGGCCGCGACGGCUUGAAGGUUCAGUGAUUCUCCCGCGGGGGUCCCAGUCCCCUUUCAUUGACCAAUUGUGGCAUCGGAUGAAAACGAAGCACUGGGAAAAGUUCACGCGUGGGAUCUCGUAAUCAUUCCCUGGAUUCUCAUAUCUCUCCACAGUGGAUGGACCUUGUUAGUAUCCACUGGAUUCUCUACAACAACGACCGCCGUUCUCUCGCAUAUCGUCCACAGAUGUCGACUCCAUCCAUCUGAAACGAAUAGGCACUAUGUGAAGGUGCUCAAAGGGCCAAGACGUGCAAGAUCCACCCCCUGCCGCCUGCAUGUCUUCCGACAAAAGUCGAGUUCGUUUUGAUCGAGCAAGACUCCACGGAGAUUAAUCACUUGCCAAAGCCUUGCCCCAGCUACGAUCCCUGCUUCUGGGCUCUGUAACAUCGUCGUGAAGGGAUGCACUCUCAUUCAUCGAGCUCUAUCGGACAUACAGAGUCCAAAGGUCGAGCCAGCAGCUCGCGUCGGUUGCCGAUCACUUUACGACCGGGGUCGGAACUCCUCGAUGACGCUGCGAGGCUUGGAGUAUGUCAAGGUCGGAUUGUACUUGUACGGUAGAUGCGCCCCUUCCGGGCCACCAAUCCUUAUGCCUCGCUCCGACGACGUCCAGACUGGAUGAGGAGCGAACAGCAUCACGGUAACUUUGAGUCCGUAUCUAGACAUCCAUGUGAGCUGAGCACAUCAACUCAUUCCGAAACACAUGUCCUUACCUAUAUUCCUGUACUCCGAUGUUCUCACCUGUCGACACAUCCAGCAAGGAUAUCAGGUCGGGGAUAGUGGCCAAGAUCUGUGUGCCCAUGAGUCAGCGUGAUCCAAUCCAAAUCGUCAAGGUUGUGUCUUACCGUCUCUUGUCCAUUUGUAUCUUUUCCAAUCACGGCGAGAUUUUCAUUCAUGAAAGGUAUCACAAUCUCUUUC